AUGGAACGGUCUGGUGGCGUUGAAGCCGACGAAACUAACCUCAUGGAUAUCGACGAGGUGUUACCACCAGUUCCGAUUCCCAAAGAACCGCCGAAAAUCAAACGCCUCGAUGAGUCAGUGGUGAACAGAAUCGCCGCCGGAGAAGUCAUCCAGCGGCCGGUUUCCGCCGUGAAAGAGCUGGUCGAAAACAGCCUUGACGCCGGCUCCACUUCCAUCUCUGUUACCGUCAAGGACGGUGGACUGAAACUUAUUCAAGUCUCAGAUGACGGCCACGGCAUUCGGCAUGAAGAUUUACCAAUAUUAUGUGAGAGACAUACAACUUCAAAGUUGAGCCAGUUUGAAGACUUACAAUCUAUACAGUCAAUGGGGUUUAGAGGCGAGGCUUUGGCCAGCAUGACCUAUGUGGGUCAUGUGACUGUAACCACUAUUACCAAGGGUCAGUUGCACGGCUACAGGGCCACAUACAGAGAUGGGGUUAUGGAACAUGAACCCAGAGCAUGUGCAGCUGUAAAAGGGACUCAGAUAAUGGUUGAGAACUUGUUUUAUAACAUGAUUGCUCGAAGAAAAACGCUUCAAAAUUCAGCAGAUGACUAUCCAAAAAUUGUGGAUUUGCUAAGUCGUUUUGCUAUUCAUCACAUAAAUGUGAGCUUUUCUUGCAGAAAGCAUGGAGCAGCGAGAGCAGAUGUUCACUCUGUAGCAACAUCAUCCAGGCUUGAUGCAAUCAGAUGUGUUUAUGGGGUGUCUGUUGCUAGAAAUCUGAUGACAAUAGAAGCUUCUGACAAUGACCCUUCUAGCUCAGUUUUCAAAAUGGAAGGUUUCAUCUCCAAUUCCAAUUAUGCUGCCAAGAAAAUAACGAUGGUGCUUUUUAUCAAUGAUAGACUGGUCGAAUGUGGGGCACUUAAGAGGGCAAUUGAAAUUGUUUAUGCUGCUACAUUACCUAAAGCAUCAAAACCUUUCAUAUACAUGUCAAUCUUACUACCAUGUGAACAUGUUGAUGUUAACGUACACCCAACUAAGAGAGAGGUCAGUCUGUUGAACCAAGAAAUCAUUAUUGAGAAGAUACAAUCUUCAGUCGAAUCAAGAUUAAGGAACUGUAACGAGUCAAGAAUAUUUCAAGAACAGACACUGGACCCAUCUCAAUCUAGUCCUGUAACUAAACAGAAAAGAUCUCCUCAGAUUUCCACUCCUCUUGGUUCACAGGCCCAAAGAUCAGAAAAGGUGCCAGUCCAUAAAAUGGUAAGAACAGAUUCAUUGAAUCCUGCUGGAAGGCUCCAUGCGUACUUACAAUCAACACAUUCUAGUCCAUUAGAGAAAGUUUGCUUAACCUCUGUAAGGCCUUCCAUCAGACAAAGGAGAAAUCCUAAGGAAACAGCUGAUCUUACAAGCAUCCAGGAGCUGGUCAAUGAAAUCGACUCUAAUUAUCAUGCUGGUCUGCUGGACACUAUUAGGCACUGCACGUAUAUUGGGAUGGCAGAUGAUGUUUUUGCAUUGCUUCAACACAAUACUCAACUUUAUCUUGCAAAUGUCGUAAACUUGAGUAAGGAACUAAUGUACCAACAAGUCUUGCGACGAUUUGCCCAUUUUAAUGCAAUACAGUUGAGUGAGCCAGCUCCACUUUCUGACUUGAUAUUGUUAGCACUGAAAGAGGAGGACCUAGAAAGAGAAGGGGACGAAAAUGAUGAACUGAAAGAAAAGAUAGCUGAAAUGAACACGGAGUUGCUAAAGCAGAAGGCUGAAAUGCUGGAUGAGUAUUUCAGCAUUCAUAUUGAUGCAGAUGGCAACUUGUCAAGGCUCCCUGUCAUAUUAGACCAGUACACACCUGACAUGGAUCGUGUCCCUGAAUUUUUGCUGUGUGUGGGAAAUGAUGUGGACUGGGAUGAUGAGAAAACUUGUUUCGAAACAGUUGCUGCUGCUCUUGGAAACUUCUAUGCUAUGCAUCCUCCUAUGUUGCCUAAUCCAUUCGGUGAAGGGAUGCAGUUCUACAAGAAAAGAGUUGCUUCCAAGUCUCCCAAACUUGGGGAGUCCUCUAAAAGUGCUGCUGAAGAUGAAGGCAUGGAAUGUGAAACCGACGAUGAGCUACUUUCAGAUGCUCAGAACGCGUGGGCGCAACGUGAAUGGGCAAUACAACACGUGCUGUUUCCAUCGAUGAGAUUAUUUUUCAAGCCUCCAACAUCAAUGGCUACAAAUGGGACUUUUGUACAGGUUGCCUCGCUUGAGAAACUCUACAAGAUCUUUGAGAGAUGUUAA